CCACGCGCCUGCCGCCCCCUGGCGGCGCGCGCUGUGACGUGGCGCUUCCGGCGCGGGCGGCGGCGGCGGGAGGCGCUCGGGGAUGGCCUGACCCUGCCCCGCUGCCGGUUCGGCGUCCCGGGAGCGCGGAGGAGGAGAGCCCGCCGCGAGGAGCCGCCGGCCCGCGGGCUCCGCUGCGAGCCCGGAGGCGGCACCGGGGGUGGCGGAGAUGGAGCCCCCGGCCGCCCCGCUCAUCCCGGGGGUCGGGGACGAGGUGACGCUGCUGGCCGGGCUGGCCGCGCUGGCGCUGGCGCUGGUGCUGGCCUGGCUGUCCACGUACGUGGCGGACGGCGGCAGCCCCGGCCCGCUGCUGGGCCCCGGGGACGCGGCCGUCAUCCGCCUCGGGCCGCCCGCCGAGCCCGCGGAGCCGCCCGGGCCCCGGCCCGGAGCAGCGGCCGGAGGCGCGGGGCUCGCCCCGGGGCCCGCCGAGCCCGGUGCCGCCGCGGCGGCGGGGGACGCUUCCCCCGGCCUCAUCACGAUCCGCCUCAAGUUCCUCAACGACACCGAGGAGGUGGCGGUGGCGCGGCCCGAGGACACCGUGGGGAUCCUCAAGAGCAAAUACUUCCCGGGCCAGGAGAGCCAGACGAAGCUCAUCUACCGCGGGCAGCUGCUGCAGGACCAGGCGCGCACGCUGCGCUCGCUCCGCAUCACCGACAACUGUGUCAUCCACUGCCACCGCUGCCGGGGGGCCGCCGCGGCCGCCCCCGCCCUGCCCGAGCCCGGCCCCGCCGCCCCGGGGCUGCCGCUGGCCGGGGGCACGCUGAUGGUGCCCACGGUCAUGGUGGUGCUGGCGCUGGGCUGGUAUUUCCGCAUCAACUACCGGCAGCUCUUCACGGCCCCGGCCACCGUGUCGCUGAUCGGUGUCACCGUGCUGGUCACCUUCCUGGCCUUCGGCGUGUACGGGCACGCGGGGUGAGGCACGGCGGGGUGCCCGUGCCAGCCUUGCUGCCGGACUUUGCCCCCCAAAAAGGGGCUGUGCCCCCCCUGCCCGGCUGUGGGGAGUGGGGCAGCGCUGGAAGGGGCCGUGGCUUCUCCCCAAGGACUUUUUAAUGCCAAUAAAGGGUGUCGGGUCACCCCCUGG